AUGUUCAACCGCAACUUCCUUCUCGGUGCCCUCGCUGCCGCCGCAACCGGUGCCUUUGCCCAAGAUUCUGGCUCGGAGAACAUCCGCUUCGGCAAUGCAUUUUCUCUAGGUGCCACAAACUCGUACAUCAUCGAGGCAGAGACUACUCUCUACCCCGGCAAGACCCAGAGCGGCGAUACCCCUCGUCUGGCUCUUUGGCCCGGUAUGGGAACCGACCAGGGCCAACUCAUCCAAGCAAUCGUCCUGGGCUCCACAGAUGCUCAAGGCGUCCAAUGUGGUGGUAAGCCGCACGUAAACGGACAAUGGUGUGCAUUUGCCAGUGCGCUGCAGAACGGCGUUCAACUUCAAGGCAACACUUUUCCCGUAGAUUCGAACCAAGACAAAUACGAUCAAGCCUCAGGCAACACCAUCCAAACCGUCAGCGUUGAAGACAAGACUGUUUCCACCCUGACGACCAAAUCUGGCAAGGCUAUUGGCUUUGGCACAGCCGAAGAAGCGCAGAAUAAAUUCAAGGGUGUGGUGUAUGAGCACUCUUACGUCAACACGACUGUCGUUCUUGCUGCUGCAGACUCUCAGUUCGCUUCUACUCUGGUGAAGAAUGGUGCUAUUGGUAAUCUUGUCACAAAAGACAACAAGACUUUCAAGGUCGACAAGAUUACUAUUGCUCAGUAUAGCUUCCCUGCCAGCGUGUAG